GACUAUUCGAUUUCAGAUUUCCUGGUCAGAUGAGAGCGCGGAUAAACCUUCAUAAAAACAUCACUUCUACCGCGAUCACUUUAACUCUUUAUCCCUUAAGAAUCCCGCUAUUUACGUAACUUGAAACCGAUAGCUGAUCGGCCGCGAAAGGACGAUAUUUGAUAUCUUGAGGGUUUUUGCCUGUUCUUCCUGGAUCCGUGUCGGUGUCGAACAUGUCCGCAUCCGCUGUCGGUGCCGCGUCUCCGGGUUCGGGCCUCUCCGUCGGUCCCGUUUCGAGUCCCGGAUCCGGCAUGUCCAUGUUCCGGUGGUUGGAAGUACUGGAAAAGGAGUUCGAUAAGGCGUUUGUGGAUGUCGAUCUGUUAAUGGGAGAGAUAGAUCCGGAUCAAUCGGAUAUCACGUAUGAGGGCCGUCAGAAGAUGACCAGUCUCAGCUCGUGUUUCGCACAGCUCUGUCAUAAAGCACAAACCAUAUUUCAGCUCAACCACAAACUGGAGGCUCAGCUGGUAGACCUCCGUUCGGAGCUGACGGAUGUCCAGGGAGAGAAGGCGGUGGUGGAGAAAGAUGUCCACGAACAGCUUCUGCAGCUUCAUGCUAUGCAGCUCAAACUGCAAGCCAAAGCUGGUCAAACAGUGGACUCAGAUUCCAUCAAGGACAGGAUGCAUGUUUCCACAUUGGACAAAAUGGAGAAGGAACUGGAGGCCAGUAAGAAAGAGAAGAUGAAGGAGGCCAAGUUGGAAGCAGAAGUAAAAUUACUGAAGAAAGAGAACGAGGCCCUCCGCAGGCACAUUGCCGUACUACAGGCUGAGGUUUAUGGAGCCAGACUGGCAGCCAAAUACCUAGACAAGGAGUUGGCUGGGAGGGUACAGCAGAUACAGUUGCUGGGUCGGGACAUGAAAGGACCAGCUCAUGACAAACUCUGGAACCAGCUGGAAGCAGAGAUUCACCUGCAUCGCCACAAAACAGUCAUCCGAGCCUGCAGGGGGCGCAAUGACCCCAAGAAGUCUCUGCCAUCACCUGCUGGCCAUGACACAGACUCUUUAAAGAAGACUCAGGGUGUUGGUCCUAUACGCAAAGUUGUUCUGACUAAAGAAGACCAUGAAGGACUUGGAAUCUCCAUUACAGGUGGUAAAGAGCACGGCGUUCCCAUCCUCAUCUCGGAAAUUCACCCCUCCCAGCCGGCAGAACGCUGCGGAGGCUUGCAUGUCGGAGAUGCCAUCUUAGCAGUUAACAACAUUAACCUGAGAGAUGCCAAGCAUAAAGAGGCAGUCACCAUACUUUCACAGCAGAGGGGCGAGAUCGAAUUCGAGGUGGUUUAUGUGGCUCCAGAAGUGGACUCUGAUGAUGAGAACGUGGAGUACGAAGACGACAGUGGCCAUCGGUACCGUUUGUACCUGGAUGAAAUGGAGGAGGGAGCAGGAGCCAAUCAGAAUAAUGGGACUGCUGACUCCGCCUCCUUACAAGCUGUAGGAAAGCACUUAGUGAAGAACAGAACAGAGAAUGGAGAUACAGCCUUGUCCAGUGAGAGUCCAUCAGACGAGAAGAUCUCCAAGACAGAGGAAUGUACGGAGCAUUCCUCUUAGUUCUCCAGAUUAAGAGGGAAGGAUUAUGGAGAUGGAGGAUUAGCACCGGAUAAAAAGGAGCAGAAAGAGAUUAAGACUGCACGUGUAAAAUAUGUAAGAUAAGAAAAUACUUUGUUUGAUGCAGUAUGGAGAACCGACUGUUUUGACGUCCACUAGAGAUGAACCACUGAGUGAAGAGAGGACAUGUUUCUCUGCGGACACACAGGAUUGUUCGCAUGGUAUAAUAGUUACAUUUAGGAGGAAAGAUUAGGAGCUUCUUAAGGAUAAUACGGCAUAUGAGUCUAAACUUAUUUUGUAUAUUUUUGUCUCAAUGCAUAUCAUGACCUUCAGUAGAGUUUGAGGGAGAGUAAAUAACAACAGAAUUUUCAUUUUUGGCGUGAACCUAUUGCCUAAGGUAGAUGGAUAUAGCAAAGAGAAAGUAUAUGUUCAUAACUUCAAAUAAAACAUCAGUAGUUUUAAUGUCUCACUUUUAGUCUAGUGUGAUAAAGUCUGUGCUGAUAAACCUGCUUAGCUGUCCUCCUGUGUGCUCUAAAGCAGUGGGUCCAGAGUGAUGUCACUUCCUGUUUUGCAGACAGGGUGGUCAGGUGACAGGGAUGGAAACAGGACAGUGCAAAUGCACACAUGAUUUAUUUACAUUACACAUGUACACAGUUUUUGAGUCCCAUUUAGUAAAUGGAAAUGUAUAGAGAGAAUUUUAAAGAAUUGUCCGGGUUUCACCCCUAGUUUUUGUCUUUUUGCAUUGUGUCUUCACUUUAUUACAGUAAUGAAAUGCAGUGAUUU